AUGGCGACGAUCACACAGCAACCAGGGACAUUGACGACGAAAGAGGCUGACAUACAGAUUAUGUUGGCCGCUGAAGUCCACCUCGGCACCAAGAACUGUGAUAAUUCAGUAGGUAAUAAAAGUAGGAAGUUGAAGAAAAGCUGCAGGGAUGAGCUGGAGAAAAUACAUGAUACUGAGGAUAUGCAGGAAGAUGUUGCUGCUGAAGUCAAUGAAGGUGAUAUUUCUUCACCUAUAGAGAUGGAAGAUAAAAACAAAACAGAUAGAGGUAAAAUCAAAAAGAGAAAAAUGGUAAAAUUAGGACGCAGCUCUGAAGAUCCUACACAUGAGAAGAGUGAAAAGAGAGUGAGAUUUUCAGGUCAAGUUCAGAUUUUCCCUUCAUUGAAUGAUCCAAGUGAUGAGAAGCAUGAGAUUGAGAAAGAAAAGUUAUUGCGUGGCAAGCGAUUCUCAAAGCUAGAAGAUGAAAUUGUCAAAGAGGCUGUUCAUAAAUACAUAGAGAUACAUAACUUAGGCAAAGAAGGGCUGAAAAAGGUUUUAAAUGCUAGAUCUUAUACUGAAAUUAAGGGUUGCUGGAAAGAAAUAGGGAGGGCUAUACCAUACAGGCCUUCUACUGCAGUUUAUUCUCGUGCGCAGAUCCUGUUUCGAAGGAGUGAAUCACGUAAAUGGACUGAAGAAGAGUAUGAGAUGGUACGAAAGUUCCAGAAGGAGCAUGGGAACAAUUGGAGGAUCUUAGCUGAUGAACUUGAAAAACAUCGGUGGCAUGUGAAAGAUACAUGGCGAAGGCCAAAACUGCCCAAUCAGAAUAAAGGACAAUGGACUCAGGAGGAGUACCAGAAUUUGUUUGAUUUAGUAAACACCGAUCAGAGACUGAAGCUUUCUGAAGAGAAGAAAUCUAACCAUGGGAUGCUACAGGAUAAUAUUGCAUGGGGUGUAAUAAGUGAAAACUUGUCCACGAGAACUGCUGCAAAUUGCUGCUUGAAAUGGUAUCAGGGCUGGCUGACUCAAUAA